AUGCCGCUUGACGACCACCGUUUACGCCAUUUGCCUCCAAUGGCUAUUUCACCACCCCCACCCAAGAGAUAUAAGUCUGAGUCGACCCCCGCCAGUGAUGCUGGCCGUCAGAGAUAUUAUCACUCCCAGUCCGUUUCCACGAGCGAGCGGGCUCGCUCACGCCAAACAUCUACCGCCAUGGAUAUCUAUGUCAUUACCGAUCGAGACCCUUCCGAACGGGAUCACGACAAGGACCGUCGCACCGGCCGCUUCACCAGCAACGGCUCGGUCGCUUCCCAUGCCUCAUUGAUGUCACACGCCUCGCGUCCGUCACCGCCAGUGAUCAUCAGCAAUCGCAAAAUCCCUGAGAAAUACCCUCCCGUCUCGGAAAAUGACCGCUUGUAUCAUGGCUAUCACAGGGGCAUGUACUUUCUCCCCUGUGAUGAGGCGGAACAGGACCGCCUUGAUAUUUUCCACAAAGUCCUGACAGUCGCGCGCGCAUCGGAUGGCUUGAUAUACGCGCCCCAUCCUCCCAACUCGCGCAUUCUGGAUUUGGGUUGCGGGACGGGCAUCUGGUGUAUCGAGGUCGCCAACAAAUACCCCGAUUCCUUUGUAGUCGGAACCGACUUGGCCCCCAUUCAACCCACCAAUCGGCCCAAGAAUGUCGACUUUCACGCGCCUUUUGACUUUGAGGGUCCUUGGGCGAUGGGGGAGGAUUCUUGGGAUCUGAUUCACCUGCAAAUGGGAGCUGGGAGUGUUCAAAGCUGGCCGAACUUGUACCAACGAAUCUUCGCCCAUCUUCGUCCAGGCGCCUGGUUUGAGCAGGUGGAAAUCGACUUCGAGCCUCGCUGUGAUGACCGUUCGAUGAACGGACUUGCCCUACGCCACUGGUACUCGGCCCUUAAACAUGCGAGCGAAUCCCGGAAUCGGCCGAUCGCGCAUAGCUCGCGGGAAGCCGUGCGCCACUUGCAAGAGGCGGGCUUCACGGAAAUUGACCACCAAAUGGUUGGUUUACCGCUGAAUCCCUGGCACAAUGAUGAGCAUGAACGCAAGGUUGCUCGUUGGUACAACCUGGCCAUCUCUGAGAGUAUUGAGGCUCUUAGCUUGGCCACCUUUAACCGAGCCUAUGGGUGGCCUGUAGAGAAGAUCAAACGUAUGGCGACUGAUGUCAAGUCAGAAGCGUUCAACAAAGAUAUCCACUGCUACAACAUCCUGCACAUUUAUCAGGCGCGCAAGCCGCUCGCCAAUUAG